GAAAAACCGAAGUCAUAAUUAUGUAAGGAAUAAUCAUGCAAUGGAGAAUGAUCAAAUCGAUGUAAUUGAAAAUCCAACAGAUGCUGAAGUGAUUUUAUCUUCUCGUGAAGAUUGUAAAGAACCAGUGCGUAGAGUACGUCCCGAUGCAUGUAGAAGAUCUAUGCAAGCAAGAAGAUGUGUACAACAUUUGAGAAAAUUAACUACUUGUUCAUCAAAUAAACAACAAUUCCAUUCAACUAUUGACGAUAAUCAAUAUCAUUUAUCAUAUGAACUGUUUAAUUCAAUAGAAGAUCCUGGUGCAUGCUCUUUAAAUUUAAGUGAUAAUAAUCAUAAUAAUAAUAAUAUUAAUAAUAAUUGUUCACAAUCUUCACAAUAUAAAAAUAUUCUUUCAUAUAAAGAUUAUUUAGCUUUACCAAUUGAAAUACGUUAUCCAUACAAUUAUGUCAGUGAUUUAUUUGAAGAUGCUCAUCCUGAACAUGUUGACCUCAGUCGAAGUAAAAAUAAUAAUUAUAAUUUUGAAGAAUAAACAAUACAACUGUAUGCGAAUAUCUGAUCAAAAAUAAAGAAGAAAACUCAUUCCACUACGUAUAGAC